AUGGCGCUGGUGGACGAGUAUGGGGGCCCACUGAGGCAGACAAUCUACGAGAACACGUACCUCACGGAGCCGGAAGAGGCGGCCAGGUUCCGGUCGCACAAGGUGGCGGCGCUGCUCAAGGGGCUGCUCAAGGAGCGGCUAGAGGGUCAAGUGUACGAUCCUGUGCGUGGCAGCCAGAUGACCAAGCAGCUGGCCGACGACAUCCGGGAGCGGGUGAAGGCGCUGGGGUUUGACCGCCACAAGCUGGUGGUGCACGUGACCGUCGGCGAGCGGCGGUGGCAGACCUUCUCCAGCUGCAGCCGCUGCCUGUGGGACACCGCCACAGACGGCUUCGCCUCGCAGUCCUACCAGAACGAGAGCCUCUUCUGCUCUGCCCAGGUCUUUGCCCUCUACUUUGAGUGA